GGCAUCCAGGAAAAGCAGCUGUUCAAAUGAAACUGACCAUUGGCUGUCAUCAUUGAAAGAGUGUAUCCAGCUUACCCUUGACCCAAAAGGAAUUCCAGCAAACAAUGCAGCAAAAAAGGUAACAAUAGUUGCAAGAAACUUUCCAGCUGAAAAAUCUGGUGGUACAUAUAAAUGUGUUUAUAGAAAACUUGGCUCAGAAAAGAUAAAUGAAACAUCAGCAGUGAGAUCUCGUGAUAAUACCUUCACAUGUAUAACACCACAAGUGGGCAGUCAUACCAGUGCAGUGUUGGAACUUGUGGCUGUAUUGUCAACUGGGAAUAUAACUCUUGCAAAGGCAGAUUUCUUAUUUUAUAACUGCCAAAUGUACAGGAAGUGUGGAGAGUGUGUGAAUACAGUAGGCGCAAAUUGCACAUGGAAUUUGGACAGUGUAGUGUGUUCAGAUCAAUCAGAAUACAUAACCAGUAAAAUGGAUUGUCCAAAGCUGGUUAACAACAAAGAUGUAAAAUUUAUUCCAACAUCGGUCAGUUCUCAAGUAACAUUUGAAGCAAAAAACAUCCUAAACAAUACAAAAAUGUGGUGUUAUGUGCCAAAAAAUGGAGAAGAUAUUCUUAAGUCUCAGCAUGCGCCAGUAGAUAAGGCAAAUGGCUUAAGUUGCUUUCUUAAU